ACAUUUUUUGUUACGGUCACUUUAAUUGGGCUCGUUGGCCAAAACCGAAGGAAGUGUGUGCUGCUGCUUUUCCUGUGUUGUUAUUAUUAUCGACGCACCGCAAUGGAGACAGUCGGCAGACGUUAGCAAAUCUAAUAGAGCUAAGCUUCGGCUGAAACGCCCGGUUUACAAGUCACGCUAAUGGCGACAACGUAAACAUGAAGUCUGCCAAGAAGCAAGCAAGGAGAGGAGAGCACCCAGCUGAUGAGAUAACAGUUAAAACAGAAUAUGAUCCAGAGCAGGAAGAGGGAGCCGAAGGAGGCUCUCAGUGCGUCUACACUAAUGGAGAUGGUCUGAACAUCCAAAUAAAGGAAGAGCCAGACUCGGAUGAGAUCAGUGAGGAUCACAGCAGAGACACGUCCAGCUGUUUAGAUGCCAAUGAUGACACUGUGACACCCUGGUCCGAUGAUCCCCACCCACAGGGAGACAUCAAGGACGAGUAUGACUAUGACCAUCAGUCAGAUUAUGAGUUCACCGAAACAGCUGUCAAGGAGGAGUCAGACUCCUGGAUUAAAGAAGAGGGAGACAGUGAGGAGGAACCGGAUGACACAGGUGACAUCCAAGACGAAUUUGAAGGAGAGGAGAUCUGCACAGAGUCAACGUCUGAGUUUUUUCCUUGUCCUCACUGCACGGUCUCCUUCACUGAUUUUGAGUUCUUGGAGAAGCAUGUGAAGUGGGUCCAUCAGAAAGAAUACCUUGAUAAGCUUAAAAAAUGCUUCUCAAGCCGCUCACUAAACCUCAUCCCCAAACAUACCUGCACUAUCUGCAGCAGCACCUUUAACUCUAAAGUGCACCUUCGGGCCCACAUGCACGAGGUCCACCCUUCCGCCCCUCCUCGCAGGCUUCACCCAUGCCCCACAUGUGCGCGAAGCUUCCAGUACCUGAAGAAUCUGAAAAAUCACUGUCAGCGCUGGCACAACAUGUCUGUGGUUACCAGAGGUGGGCAUCUCAGUUGUGCUGAAUGUGGGAAGAAUUUUAAAGCUACCUGGGGCCAAGGCCCUCAUUUGUGUCAUGAACCGGAUAAUGCGCAACCUGAGGAUAAGCCCAUUUGUCUGGAUACUGGUGUACAGUGUCCAGAAUGUGGCAAGAAGGUGUGCACUCCUCAAAGCCUGGACGAUCAUAUGCGCACCCACACAGGUGACCGGCCAUUUGUCUGCAAAGAUUGCGGCAGGAGGUUCGUGGAGCGCAGCGGGUGGCGGCAGCACAUGAAAAUACACACGGGAGAGAAGCCGUACAAAUGUCAGGUGUGUGGAAAGGCCUUUAUAAGGUCACACCACCUCAAGUGCCACUUAACCACACACUCUGGGAAGAAGGAAUAUUCUUGCACUGAAUGCGGUAAGGAGUUCGGAUUCAAGUCAAGUCUGGAUCUUCACGUGAAGACGCACUCCAAUGAGAAACCCUUUCACUGCAAUGUGUGCGGGAAGAACUUUAACACCCAGAGAAACCUGAGGGUUCACUCCAAGCUUCACACCAAUGAGAAAGCUCACCAGUGCGGGGACUGUGGGCUGAAGAUCGGCGAUAUGGGGGCUUUGAAAAUACACUUACGAACACACACAGGAGAAAGGCCCUACCACUGCACUGUCUGCGGAAGUAGGUUCAUUCGCCUCGCACAUCUACGAAAUCACCAACGGACCCACACUGGCGAGAGACCGUAUAAGUGCACUGAAUGCGACAAGAGUUUCACUCAGUCUGGUGACUUGGUGAAGCACAAAAGAAUACAUUCUGGAGAAAAACCUUACGAAUGUCCCGAGUGCCACCGCCGUUACACUUCCUCCGGUGAUCUGGGCAAGCACAGGAGGAGUCACACUAACCUGCGCCCCUACACAUGUCAAGAAUGUGGAAAAAGCUUUCGCUUAUCAGGACAUUUAAAGACUCACAUGUUAACACACACAGGGGAGAAGCCAUAUUCUUGCCCCAACUGCCUCCGAAGGUUUGCCCGCUCUCACCACCUCUCUGGUCACGUGGCUAAAUGUCGCUGAAGUUACUGAGAAGACUACAAAAAGGACAGUUCUCAAUGAAAGUGGCCUAAAUUAAGCUGUCGACCACUAGAUUUUCUAAUAUGUUAAAGUAUGAACUUGUAUCUGUAAAUAAUUAUUUAUAUGAACUGCAGGCCUCUGAGCUCGGAUGAUUUAAUAUAUGACUUAUUAAGAAAAGCAUUGCAUGGAACUUUUAUACAGCACUGUCCCUAGACUUGUGUGAAUUUUUGUCCAGUGCACUGAAGUCUGAACUGGUUUUGCAAGACACUAUUACAAUUGAGACUUGAGGAUGUAGUUUGGGUGCAGUUACUGUUCUUAUUUUUACCCCUGUUCAACUCUCAAUUAUGUGUAAAGAUAUAAUAAAUUAUUUGACAAAUA